AUGGCGUCCUCCUCCUCCCGCUGCAUCCCCGACGGACCCUCCACCUCCGGGAGGCGCUCCUCCUUGCGGCAGCAGCCGCCUGACCUCCAACCCGCGCUCCUGCUCGGGCACGCCAACAUAAACGCGAAUUAUCGGACGGUCCGGAAGCUCCUCGUCGCGGCGGGGAAUGGAGAUGUCUCCAACGCGAAGAAAUGGGCGAAGAAGCUGAUCGAACUGGGGAACCCGAGCGUGGACGCGGCGGUGGAGGCCGUCGACAACCCGGGGACAAAGCGCCACGGGCCCCUCCACCAGGCCGCGGGGACCGGGAAGGAGGCGGUCUGCAAGCUGCUGAUCAAUCGUUUCAAAUGCAGCGUCAACGCGACCGAUGUUCACGGUUUAUAUGAAGUAGCAGAGUUUCUGUUGUCCAAAGGAGCUGAGGUUGACCCCAUAUGUAAAGAUGGUGGAACACCACUACACAUUGCUGCUGAAAACGGAGAUGCAAAAAUGGCUGGUGCUGAUGUCAAUGCUGAUACUCAUUUAACUCCACUAAAAAUAGCUGCUGCGAAAGGUUUAGCUGACUGCAUCGAAUGCUUGUUGAAAGCUGGCGCUAAAGCAAAUAUUCCUGAUGAACUUGGUAGAAUGCCCAUAGAAAUUGCUGCAUUCGAAGGACAGGAGGAAUGUGUCAAGAUUCUUUUCCCUGCCACAACCCCUUUGGUUAAAUAUGCAAACUGGAGCAUUGAUGAGAUAAUUCGAAAUGGAUUAACUGUGAGUUCAGAGCCACAAUUUGGAAUAUGGUUGGAUUGA